AUGGCGUCCCUCCACCGGCAGGUCGUCGACCACUUCCUGACGCCAAACGCCUCGCAGUCGUCUCCCGGUACCGCAGCGCAGGUCCUCACGACCGUGGAUGACUUCAUUCAUGCCCAUUCCCUUUCUUCCUUGGUUCUCGGGGCUAUUCUCACGAGCACGAUUGCCGUCUCACUGCAUGUGGUACUCAAGAACACGGUGCUGCAUCCCCUCCGCAAUGUCCCCGGCGUCUGGUUCGCCGGCUUGACCUCGUGGUAUGAGUUCUACUUUGAUGUCAUCCGCAAUGGAACAUACAUUCACUAUUGGGACGACUGGCACAAUUCCUACGGAUCGUCUAUUAUUCGCGUGUCGCCCAAUCACGUCCACGUCAACGACCCUGAAUUCUACAAGAAGCUCUUUGCGAUCGGAUCUCCGUUCCGCAAAGCUCGAUCCUUCUAUCAUGCGUUCGGCCUGUCCAGCGCCAUUGGAUCAGAAUGGGAUCCUAAAAUCCACCACCGUCACCGUGCCGCCAUGAACCCGGGUUUUUCCCAGAAGUCUCUGGCCUCGUUCACCCCGACGAUCCUCCGACACACUCGGGGAUCGAUGGAUGACAUUGCGGCUCGUGGGCGCAAAGGGAUGGCCAUCAUCAUGCCACGCCAUGCGAAGUCUCUUACCGUCGACGUCGUCUCUGAAGUGACCUUUGGCCGGCCCUUGGGCCUCAUCGGUUCUCUUGACGAAGAACCGAUUGUGCUGCGCGAUCUAUCGGCCUUUAUGAGCCAAUUCCACAUGGUGAAACACAUUCCCGCCUGGAGAUGGUUCCUUACCAACCUUCCGGGUGGCCUGUCGAAACAGCUCAUGCCGGGAUACUUUGAUCUUCGAGAGAAAGCCUUGGCCUGUGUCAACGAAUUGAUCGAAGAACGGAAGAACCAGAACCGCUCUCAAGAGGAGUACACCGAGGGCGCGGGCUUUAUCUUCGAACUGCUUCUGAGACCCAACCCCAAGAAAGGCUACAAGCCCCCGGAUGCAGCUGCUAUGGUCGAUGAGGGAUGCGCUUUCAUCGUGGGCGGCAGCGAUACCACCGGCUUCACCAUCGAAGCUGUCACGUACACCGUCCUCAAGUACCCUGGUGUCUUCCAGCGGUUGCGCGCGGAGCUCAACGCCGCUUCGUCCAUCAUCAAGGAUGAUUUCGAUAUUCACGGCAUCCUGAAACUGCCGUGGCUCAGUGCCGUGAUCAAAGAGACCAUGCGUCUGUUCACUCCCACUCCCGGUCCGCUGCCUCGUGAAGUCCCUCCUGAGGGUCUCCAGCUUGGCCCCUACUUCCUCCCCCAUGGUACCAUCGUCUCCCACAGUCUCCAAAGUCUGCACCACAACACCGAUAUCUUCCCGGACCCAGAAAACUUCAAACCGGAGCGCUGGCUCGGAGAAAAAGGCACCAAGCUCACGGAAUGGUGGAACCCGUUCAGCAGAGGAACUCGCUCUUGCAUUGGACAAUACCUUGCUCUGCAUGAAAUCCACAGCUUCAUCGCGCACCUCUUCCUACGCUUUGAUCUGGAACUCUACCAGACGGAUGAAAAGAGCGUGGAAUGGGUGGAGCACAUGUUCAUGAAGUUCCGGGACCCUAUUCAAGUGAAGGUGACGAAGGAUCGGUGGGCGGAGCUUUAG